AUGUCUCGCGCCCAUCCCGUGCGGCCUGCCAUUACUCACCCUCAACGUCAUCUCUGCUCGGUCCUCCAUAUUACCCUGGAGAUAGUGGGUUCAUGGAUCUGUUACCACCAACUCCGUCCUCCACUCCCACACCAAACACCGCCCAAAAUGGACUCCGAAGACGUUGAAGCUUCCAAGAUGUUCAUCACCUACAACAACAUCCACCAAUUGUGCCAAGAGACCUCGGCCAAGAUCAAGGAGUUCAAGCCAGACUUGAUCAUUGCCAUUGGAGGUGGAGGCUUCAUUCCCGCUAGAAUGCUCAGAACCUUCUUGAAGGAGCCUGGCCAGCCUAACAUCAGAAUCAUGGCCGUCAUUCUCUCGCUUUACGAGGACGUGAGCACCGUGGGCAGCCAGGUGGAGGUGGUUGGUACCCAGGUGGUUCGUACUCAAUGGAUUGAUUACGCUCAGUCCAAGAUCGACUUGGUCAACAAAAACGUUUUGAUUAUUGAUGAGGUGGACGACACCAGAACCACUUUGCACUAUGCUGUGUCUGAGUUGAAGAAGGACGUUGCUGAGCAGGCUGCUGCUCAGGGCGCCGACCCAAACAGCACCAAGUUCGGUAUCUUCGUUCUCCACGACAAGGUCAAGGAGAAGAGAGCUCUGUUGCCCGAGGACAUCAUGAAGGACCUGUACUUUGCUGCCAGAACUGUGCCUGACUGUUGGAUUGCUUACCCUUGGGAGUCCACUGACAUUGUCUACCAUACCAAGAAAGCCAUGGAGCAGGGGAACGAUACGUUUCUUCCGUAG